GGGCCGGUGCGCACGCGCGGCUCCCUGCCACCGCCCAGAGCCUGGCACGGCGCUCGCCGCUGGCGCUGUCACGUAGUUCUGGCGCGUGCGCGCUCUCCCGAACACACACACGCUCGCCUCCAUUCUGUUUGGACCUACACGGCCGCCUUAGCGUCUCCACUGUCGUAGCGCGGACAGUGUGCCUUGCCGCGAGCUAGAGGAGGUCCGCCUCUAUGGUCGGUGGUGGGAUGCGGUCCGUCAGCUACGUAGAAUGCGUGGCGCUCGAGUUCAACGGGAGCCUCUUCCCGCACGCCAUAUGCCUGGGAGACGCGGACAACGACACGCUGAAUGAGCUAGUGGUGGGGGACACCAGUGGGAAACUCUAUGUGUACAAGAAUGAUGACAGCAAACCCUGGACUGUGCGAACCUGCCAAGGAAUGCUCACAUGUGUUGGCGUGGGAGACGUAUGCAAUAAAGGAAAGAAUCUUGUGGUGGCAGUGAGUGCAGAAGGCUGGUUUCAUCUUUUUGACCUGAGUUCUCCAGCUUCAAAGCACUCAGAUGCCUCAGGCCACCAUGAGUUAGUGGCAGCAGCAGAAGAGCAGAAGCCAGUGUUCAAGCAGCAUAUUCCUGCCAAUACCAAGGUCAUGCUGAUCAACGACAUUGAUGGAGAUGGGAAUUGUGAGUUGGUGGUGGGUUACACCGACAGAGUGGUGCGUGCCUUCCGCUGGGAGGACUUGUCUGAGAGUUCAGACCACAUCUCUGGGCAGCUGCUCCUGCUGAAGAAGUGGCUGCUAGAAGGUCAGGUGGACAGCUUGUCUGUGAACCCAGGCCCUGAUGGCUCACCUGAGAUGAUGGUGUCUCAGCCUGGCUGUGGUUAUGCCAUUCUGCUGUGCACCUGGGACUCUGAGCAUCAGCCCACAUCAGAGGGAGGAGACAACUCUGCCCCAGGCAGGGAGGCACCUGUUCGAGAUGUUGUUCUCCACCAAACAUCUGGUCGUAUCCACAACAAGAAUGUUUCCACUCAUCUAAUUGGUAGCAUUGGCCGAGGCUGCUCCAGUGUGAAUAGUGGCUCAGGCCUCUUUGCCCUCUGUACUCUAGAUGGGACAUUGAAACUCAUGGAGGGGGCGGAUAAACUGCUGUGGUCUGUGCAGGUUGAUCACCAGUUGUUUGCUCUGGAAAAGCUGGAUGUUACUGGCAAUGGGCAUGAGGAAGUGAUUGCCUGUGCAUGGGAUGGCCAGACAUACAUCAUCGACCACAAUCGGACCGUCGCCAGAUUUCAAGCAGAUGAGAAUGUCAGUGCAUUCUGUGCAGGCCUCUACGCAUGCAAAGGAGGAAGCAACAGCCCAUGCCUGGUUUAUGUCAGCUUCAAUCAGAAGAUCUACAUCUACUGGGAUGUGCAGCUGGAGAGAAUGGAAUCCACCAACCUGCUGAAAAUCCUGGAGAGUGACCCAGAGUUUAGAGACCUCCUGCAGCAGCUGGGUGUAGUGUUGCAGGGCAAAAUGUUCCAGGGCUAGAUGUCUGCUCUGAGUACUUUGGGCCUCCAGCUUCCAGAAGGAAGAGUCUGUGGGAGAAGUAGGAGCAUCCUGGGCAAGCAUCCUUGAGAAGGUUUUGAAUUUAAGGCAGUUCCCCAGGUAACUGGCACAGCCAAGUGACUCCUGAAUCUGAGCAGCUACCUAAUCAAGCAGUGUCUACUUUUGUGUGAUGCUUACAGUAAAUUCCUAGGCAGCUCUUUAAGGAAGAUUGACAUGAAUACUACAGUUAAAAUAUUCACAACUGGUGUCAUCUAGAGAAGGGAGAGAAAGACUGAACCCUGCACACCGCACCACAGUUACCACUGCAUGAUCUUACUGGAACAAUGCCUUGCCCACUCCAUCUCUUCACCCCUUUUCACUUGAAAGGGAACAAUAGAUGUGGUUACCAUCUGUUUUCUGUCUCUUCUGCACAGAGGACCUUAGUGACAGGCCAGAGGUGCUGAAGCAACAGCAGCUCUCAUAUAUGGCAGAGGCCUAGACAAGGACAUCAGUAAGAAAUAUGUGCAGAGAAAGGAGGAACAGGAACUUAGAAAAGAAACUGGAAAACAUGGAGUAACUCCCAGGUAAACAGUAUGUCUUGCACCCACCCAUAGUGCAUAACUGUACCCAUUUUUGAUGGCCUACUUCUUCAAGACUCUGUCUUACACGAACACUAAAAGAACUGAACCAUGGAGUUUCUCUCUUGGGAGGUUCAUUUUCCUCCUGUUGUCAUUAAUAUUUGCUUGUGAUUCCUUCUCUUUCUUGCACUGUGGAAGCCAGUGCCAUGGACUAGUCACAAACAAACAGCAGCAUGCUCCCACAGCUCCCCUACCCUUAUGCUCACUCCAGACAAGAGUUUAAGUACUUGAAACAGUGUAAGCAGAUCAGUGUAGCCAUCAGAGACUCAAAGCACAGCAUCAGUGGGGUCAAGGAAAAUGUCUCAAUUUUCUGAUUUCUUAACUAAAUCUGUUUAUGAUUUUUACAUGGAUUAAUCAAGGAGAGCAAAAAACAAUAUUGCCAAGAUUUCAUUUUCAAAAAUGUGCUAUUCGUGAGUUGUUAUAAAGAGAGAGGAGAAAGCAGCUCCUGUGAGAAAUAUGAUGACACAAUUAGUAGCUUGAAUGCUAAUUGCACCCAAGGCAACCUCGGACAGUACCCGCUGGAAACUUCCAGUCUAUUUUGCCUGGGAGCUUUUUCUCUGAUCUAAACUCCCAGGCACAUCUGAACUAUAUCAGUGUAGAGAAUUUCACCAUUCUGUACAUUUAAAUACACCACAUUCUUAGAAGAGCCAUUUGGUUGAGAAAUUUGUCACUCUUGUAAUUGCAAGACCACUGGAGCUAGACAGCUCAGCCUAUUCUGUUUUGCAGAGUUCACCACAAAUCAUGUAAGAUUCAUAUGUAUGUGCAUCACAUAUAUAUGAUGUAUAUUCAAAGAACGUUAGUGGAUGAGCAUUUACCAUGUGUGGCCACAUCCAGGAACAAGGAGAAAAGUGUUCAGCUGAAUCUACACAGAUGCAUAUUUUCAACAGUUCCUAAUUUAUUUAUUAUAGCUGGGCGGGGGGUUAAAUUUAAAAAAGUUUGUCUUACUCCUGAAGAAUUAUGUUCAAGUCAAGCUUCCUCUUUGGAACAAAUGUCAUGAACAUUUCAAGGCAGUAAGAAUAGAUCACCACAGUAUCUCAAUGGGGAGUGAAGACUGGGAUGAAGGCGUACUACUUCUAGCACCCCAAAACAGUUAUGUCUCAUAGUAUUUUUUCAGUAUUUUUCAAUUUGAUUUACUAGCAUAAGUUAGCUAAUAAUCCCAUAUGUCUGUAAACAUUUAUGACUCCUUACAACACCCAAGCAGGGCAGGUACAUUAAACAAUUUAGCAUGGUCAAAGUCAAGGCAGAACUCACAAACUUCUGGCUGCCAGCACUGUGCCUUCCCCAUUAUAUUAUGCCUGUUUCAUGGUCUCAGCCACACUGGCAUCUACAUUCUCAGCCACUAUCAGCAUCUGCAAGGCUGCUCUUUAGCACAUGAUACGGAAAUUGCCAGAACACGAUGAAGUCACAUAUUGGGAGCACACAAAACUCCACCAGCUUGAUCCCAGCUGGAAGAUUCACGGAACAGAAUCAAAGCCCAGAGAAACCAGCCCCCAGAAGCUCUCCCUGAAGUUCUUUACACAUUCACACAGGAAUAUCCCUCCUAGCUCUUUCACAAAUAAGUAAUCCCAGCUUACAUUGCUGAGCAGCUUGAACUGUUCUUCCAUGGUAAUGCAUGUCACACAUGACAGCUGGGAGACCCAGCUGAGCUGUUGCCUAUUUCCAAAACAGAUCCAUUCUCUCACCCUCCAUUCAUGCCUACCCUCUGGCCCUUGGCAAAAAACAGCUGUGAGUAUGUGGGAGAAGAUGCUAGAGCCUUACAAAAGGGGAAGAGAUGCAAAGUGCUGAAUUUAGAACCUUCUGACUUUACCAAUACUUCUGCUUGCUCAGAAGAAACCACUGCAGCAGGGUUCCAGCCUAUCUGGCAUGUAGACUUUAAACAACCAGGACUUGCAGCAGUGCCUGCCCACAGAGGCCUCUGCUGUCUACCCCCUUUCCUUUCCCCAAGGCCCAUCAGAGAGAACACACUUUGCCUCAUGGUGGCAGCUGUUCAUAGCAAAAACUGCCGAUACAAACUUCAGGCUUCUAGCUAGAGAACAGCCUGGAAGUGGACUGGACCCAGAGGACAAAUGUUGUCCCUUCUCUCCACUUGUAGAGCUCUGUAAUGUCUGUGCUUGCCAUACAGAAAAGGCAUUGUAUCAGCUCUUCAAAAACAGAAGACCCGGAAUAUGGAUAGCAAUUCCUAUGGAAUCACUUUGGGAGCAGACAGACCUAAGAGGAAUAAGCUGUUAGCACUGUUGUGAUAAUAAACCUAAAGUGUAUCACUGGA